UUCACUCUGCUACACGAACCCAAAUCUUCAUCUCCCCGCUUGCAUCCCCUAAAACCCUAGCUUCUCCCCUGCAACAAUGAACUGUUCAAUCUCCGGUGAGGUGCCGGAGGAGCCUGUGCUGUCCAAGAAGUCGGGAUUACUCUUCGAGAAGCGCUUAAUUGAGAGAUACAUAUCGGAUUAUGGAAAAUGCCCAGUUACUGGGGAACCACUUACAGUGGAUGAUAUUGUCCCAAUAAAGACGAGCAAAAUUGUAAAACCCAGAUCGUUAACUGCAGCUAGCAUUCCUGGGAUGCUUGGGAUGUUUCAGAAUGAAUGGGAUGCUUUGAUGCUAUCCAAUUUUGCAUUGGAGCAACAGUUACAUACUGCAAGGCAAGAGCUAAGUCAUGCACUUUAUCAGCAUGAUGCUGCUUGUCGUGUGAUUGCUAGGCUUAGGAGGGAAAGGGAUGAAGCUAGGUCAUUACUUGCACAAGCUGAGAGACAGCUACCAUUUCCAGCCUCAACAGCUACUGCCAAUAUUUCUGCUCUUAGCAAUGGGAAUAGAGUUGCAGAGGAUGAGCAUUUGGGCCCAGAUGCAAAGAGAAUGCGUCCUGGGAUUUCUCCAAGUGUCAUUGCUGAGCUAAGUGAAUGCAAUACAGAACUUUCACAGCAACGUAAAAAGCGACAGAUAUCUCCAACAUUGGUUUCUGUGGAAGAUUUGGAGAGAUAUACCCAGCUUCACAGUCACCCCCUUCACAAGACAACCAAAGCUGGGAUCACAUCAAUUGAUAUUAAUCUUUCAAAGGACAUCAUUGCCACAGGAGGGAUUGAUUCAAAUGCUGUGCUUCUUCAUCGUACUUCUGGGCAGAUCUUGUCUACUCUUAGUGGACACUCAAAGAAGGUUACAAGUGUAAAAUUUGUAGCUCAGAACGAUUUAUUUUUAAGUGCCUCAGCAGAUAAGACUGUUCGUGUUUGGCAAGGAUCUGAAAAUGGGAACUAUGAAUGUCACCACAUCUUGAAAGAUCAUACAGCUGGGGUGCAAGCUGUAACCGUCCAUGCUACAAAUAACUACUUUGUGACUGCUUCCCUUGAUAGCACUUGGUGCUUCUAUGAUCUUUCAUCUGGCUCAUGCUUGGCACAGGUUGCACAUCCUUCAGAUUCCCAGGGCUAUUCAUCUGCUGCUUUUCACCCUGAUGGUCUCAUCCUUGGAACUGGGACUUCAGAUGCUGUUGUUAGAAUUUGGGAUGUAAAAAGUCAGAAUAAUGUUGCAAACUUUGAUGGACAUACUGGUGCAGUAACUGCUAUAUCUUUUUCAGAGAAUGGUUACUUCCUUGCGACUGCAGCUCAUGAUGGUGUCAAACUGUGGGAUCUGCGCAAAUUGAAGAACUUCCGAUCAUUUGAGUUGUAUGAUUCAAAUACUCCAACAAACUCCUUGGAUUUCGACCAUAGUGGAUGUUACCUUGCAAUUGCUGGCUCAGAUAUAAGAGUGUAUCAAGUUGGAACUGUUAAAACUGAAUGGAACUGCCUAAAAACCUUACCUGAUUUGUCUGGCACAGGUAAAGUAACAUCUGUCAAAUUUGGUCCAGACGCAAGGUACUUGGCAGUGGGAUCAAUGGAUCACAAUCUCCGUAUAUUUGGCCCAUCUGAGGAUGGCGCUCCAGAAGAGCCAUAAAACCCCUUGUUUUCACACCAAUAUGCAAAGCAGCAGGUUAAACGCUAAAAAAAGCCUACCUGCAAUUGCUGUUCUUGCUGGCUGUUAUGGUUUGUUGGAUACUAAGUCAUGCUGGGAUGCAAGAUUCCGUUUAUUGUUAAUGGUGUUCCUAUACUUCCAAAAAUCAUUAUUCAUGGCAGCCAGCAGGUGUACAACUCUUUGCUGAGGCUUUUUGACAGCAAUUCGAGUAAGAGGUAAUGGACAGUAUUUCCUAAGCGUUGAGGUUCUCUGUGUUGCCAUUUUGAACAAAUUUUUAUAAUUUUUAACAUUAACGAUUAGUUGUUGCCCUAAUGCUUCGUUAUGUAUCGGAUCUGAUAGCCUUCAGAGUAUAUUUGUAUCCUGUAACUUCAUUCUCAAAUGGAAUGUUACGUACUGGUUCUUAUGCUGAUGACUGCAUUUGCAUCUGCUUAUAUAGCAUGUCGGUGUGAAAAUCUGUCUGAAAGGAGGCCAGGUCUCAACAGCAA